CUAACACACAUUUAUAAUCCCUUCUAAUUAAAAACCUCAUCUAUUUUUCGGAACGAUUGAACUUCUGCAAACUCUUCUAACGUUCUAGGUAAAACACUGCAGUAAAACCAGUCACUAAUUCACGCUCGGUACUAGAAUAAUACAAGACGCUGAAGAAACACAGAGAGACCCAGAGGCCCUGGACUCUUCUGCAGUCUGACGUUGUCCCUCUAUGACUGAUCCAGGCGUUUAAAAAAGUCACGUCUAAGCGUUUCAAGGAGACAAUUGACCUGGCUCGUACUCCAACUGUCGUGGGAUUUUCCUCCUUACCUUGGUCACCUCGGACAAGUCAUUAGCAUAGGCAAACUCGCCCUAACUUGAACAGAAAACCAAACCGAAGCCAACGUGUCACCUGCCAUUCACAGCCCUCGCGUUCCCUUUAACUUAACUUUAAAAAAAACAAACGCAAGAGGCAUCGCAUAGGAAGCCGAAGAUAUUGAGCACAUUUUUACCUGCGCAGCGUGCUCGGGGGUGGGCGUGGUCAGCCUCUCACAGCCCAGCCAAUCCUGCCCGAAGCGUGUCAUGUGCCGCUCCAAUGAGAACGUGCCUGUAGGCGGAGGGGGGCUCGACACAGAAUUCUUAUGGAGGCGGGGCGCCGGUUUCACUCGCUCCCAAAUAGCAGAGGCGUAAGGGGCGGGAUCUUGGCUACAUUGUGGGCGUGUCUCUACGUCCACUGAGGUCCAAUGAGAUGGAAGCAAAGGAGUGUUGGUCCAUCACCGGGCGGGGCCUGGGGGCAUGCGUUAUAUUAUAGCUGCAUGCAGAGAUUACCUCCAGUAUCACAGACAAUAAUAUAGCGCGCCGUCGGAGGGACAGCUAUCGGCGGACACUGUAGAACACGCAAGGUAGCUGUAGGGGGUGGCCAAUAAUCUUUCUCUCCUUUUGCCUGCUGAUGAAAUAAGAAGAAGAGUAUAGCAAUACAAAUAAAAAGGAAGUCGGACUUGGCGUAAUUAUGAUGUCCAUGAACAGCAAGCAGGCCUUCAGCAUGCAUCCGAUUCUACACGAACCGAAGUACACCCCUCUCCACUCGAGCUCGGAGGCUAUCAGGAGAGCUUGUCUGCCUACACCGUCGCUGCAGGGCAACAUCUUCGCGGGCUUCGACGAGACGCUGCUGCAGAGGGCCGAGGCGCUGGCGGCGGUGGACAUCGUGUCGCAGAAGAACCACCCGUUCAAGCCGGACGCCACCUACCACACCAUGACCAGCAUGACCUGCACGCCCACCUCGUCCUCGGCCCACCUGCACCACCCCUCCGUGCUGGGCUCGCACCACCACCACCACCACCACCACCAGCCCUCGCAGGGCCUGGAGGGCGACCUCCUGGACCACCUGACGCCCGCCAUCUCCCUGGGCGGCAUGGCGGGCCCGGACGUGGGCUCCAGCGCCUCGCACUCCCACGCCCACAUGUCGGCCAUCAACCACAUGUCGCACCACCACCCGCAGACCAUGAACAUGCACCCGCACGGCCUGGCCUCCCACGCCUCGCUGGGCAGCGCGGGGGACUCGGAGCCCGACCCGCGGGAGCUGGAGUCCUUCGCCGAGCGCUUCAAGCAGCGGCGGAUCAAGCUGGGGGUGACGCAGGCGGACGUGGGCUCGGCGCUGGCCAACCUGAAGAUCCCCGGCGUCGGCUGCCUCAGCCAGAGCACGAUCUGCCGCUUCGAGUCGCUCACCCUGUCGCACAACAACAUGGUGGCCCUCAAGCCCAUCCUGGAGGCCUGGCUGGAGGAAGCGGAGAGGGCGCAGCGGGAGAAGAUGACCAAGCCGGAGAUAUUCAGCGGCGGGGACAAGAAGCGAAAGCGCACGUCCAUCGCCGCCCCGGAGAAGCGGUCGCUGGAGGCUUAUUUCGCCGUGCAGCCGCGGCCGUCGUCGGAGAAGAUCGCCGCCAUCGCGGAGAAACUGGACCUGAAAAAGAACGUGGUGCGGGUGUGGUUUUGCAACCAGAGGCAGAAACAGAAGCGCAUGAAAUUCUCGGCGGCUCAUUAGGGCCCCGAACCGGGGUUGGGGUAUGGGGGGGGGGAGACGGGGACGGGACCAGAGAUUCAUAUUUUCAAAAUAACCGAGAAUAAAACCCGCGAGAGCACACAGCGACGGACCUUUGAUCCGCAGGCGACUCGCGGUUUUGUUAUUUUCCAAUGGGAGCAGGACCUGAAAAUAACAGUAUAACCCCCCCCACACACACACGCCCUUUUUUGUUAUAAAAGCUUAAAAACGUUUAAAAAAUAAAAAGAUUCUCAAAGGGGAAAAGGAUCUCAACCCGUUCUCCUAAUUCACCGAUACGGACGGACAGGAGAGAACUUUACUACUGACUUUCACGGCAGUCGCUGGACAAACCCAGAGAAACUUGAAGAAGAAGAAUUCUCUUUAGCCGAAAAGGGAACCCUUUUUAUAUUUAAUAAUGUACAUAUUUGUGAAUACAUUGCACCUCUGUGUGAAGAGCGCGUUGAAUGUUUUUUUUUCUUUUUUUAAAAAAAAUGUUGAUGUUUUGCAGAAGGUAAAAAAAAACAACCGAUGCUUAUAACUUUAAAUGUUAAUUUACGUGAUUCAGCUGAAAUGAUUUCUCUAAUACCUCCUCUGUUACCCGACGAUCUGUGUUCUCCAUUGCAUGGUUCACGAGUAGGGCGUAUCAGUGCGUUAUAGUUUUCUUCCUGAAUCUGAAUGCAUUGCAAUAACGAAGCACACACAGUCCGCCGUCCCCGGUGUCUACCUCAUUCCUCUAGGCACGCUCAUGGUUAGAUCCGAAAGCAGGGGCGAAGUAUAGAGACUUUGCAUUUUCCCCUCACAAGCCUGUAGGAGAGCCUAUAGACUACACAAACAUGUAAACGUGUUAAAAGUCGAAAGUAAUUUCACUGUAACGAUGCUUUGACAAUCAAAUCAUUUUGAAUCAUUACGCUGUAUUUGACUUUCCUUGUACGUAUAAACACCUAACGAAGUAGACCAAAAUGCGUUUUGGUGUUUCUGAGUUUUGCUGACAUUAUUAUUAUUAUUAUUAUUAUUAUUAUUAUUAUUAACAGGGAAUCGAUAUUAACAUUUCAGCAACGUUGUCAUAUUUAUUCUGCAUUCCCGAUUCAUUUCGUGCACUUUGUAGAUAUUUAAUUACGGGGGGGAGGGUUGUUGGUUAUUUAUAUUUAUUCAUUGAUUUAUUUUUCUAUUUAUUUACUUGAUCUUUAUUUAUUCUGAAGACGGCUUGUCGAUUUUCUUUGUGAUUCUUGAAAGGUGUGCUGAAAGUGUCUGUGUACGCGACAGAGUCCCGAAUAAACCAUGCACGUGUUACCUCUUCAGCUCUUCCUAUCUUGUUAUGAGUUUCUUUAUCAGUUCUCUUUUAGAAAAUGGCUAUACAGGGGCAGCGUUGUUAGAGAGAACUGUUGCAUUGACAAAAUCCUCUUUCGCAAUUG